UACAUCACUAAAGCGCGCGGUAACCCCUCGCAACAGAAAUCACUGUACGGUCUACUCAGCUAGGUUAGCGAUAGCUUUUGUAUAUAAUGGCUGAAUUUUAGCCAUAACCAUGCGAACAUUCAUCUAACUAUGACCAUUUAAAGACCUGCGGAGGAGACAUGCCUAGAGUUAGUUCAGACACGCUGUGGGACUUUGCUGCGGCGGAGCUUCAGACCAGAGAAAGCAGAAGUGCUGAUGAAGAGGCUCCAGAGGAGGAGGCUAAUGUGAGCGAGAGGACUGUGUUGUUUAUGGGCAGUAAAUCUGGGGGUAAAACUACAAUAUUGCUGAGGUGCCUUGAUAGAGAUGAAGCACCGAAACCAACCCUUGCUUUGGAGUAUACGUUUGGGAGGCGAGCAAGAGGACAUAAUACGCCUAAAGACAUAGCUCACCUGUGGGAACUGGGAGGAGGUAUUUCUUUAUCUGAUCUAGUUCAAAUACCCAUCACCAAUCAGAAUAUCAGCACUGUGUCUGUGGUGCUGGUCCUGGAUUUGUCAAAGCCCAGCACUCUUUGGGGCACCUUGGAGAAACUCCUGCAGGCAGCCUUGAACCAUCUGGAAAAAGUGUGUGCCUUACCGCAGAGGUCGGGAGCCAGCAAACAGAGAGAGCUGCUGCGUAUUCUACCUAAAGAUCACCCUGACAGAGAGCUCAUCAGUCCCUUCCCUGUGCCUCUUCUUCUGAUCGGUAGCAAGUAUGAUAUCUUUCAGGACUUUGAAUCAGAGAAGAGGAAGGUGAUUUGUAAAACCCUCCGUUUCCUGGCACAUUAUUACGGUGCAUCACUGAUAUUCACUAGCAGUAAGUCAGAGACCACAAUGUCAAAGGCAAGAAGCUUUGUCAGUCAUCUAGCAUUUGGAACGGAGAGAGGUAAGUCUUUGUCUGCAGACCCCAGCAAACCUCUCAUAAUCCCAGCUGGCAUGGACUCUCUCAGUCAGAUAGGAUCUCCUCCAGCCAUUGAUGUUGAUAUUGGAACACUGCAUGCUAGAAACCCGCUGGAUCUGUGGAAGAAAGUUUUUGAAAGAGUUUUCCCUCCAGAGAGCACUAAGGAGAAUAAAGAGGUGAAGGAUCCAGCCAAAGACCCUCAGUACUGUGAGCCUCUUAUAGACUCUAUGAGAGCUCAGAAAGAUCAGGAGUUGGAACAGUACAAGCGCGAGCAGACGAAGUCCUGGAAAGGCUUGGCUUUGGAGACCUAGGACUGGAUCCUCUUUGAAAAAAUUAGCAACACUCAUCUACUGCUAAUGUAAUUGAACCUAUUUUGAUACCGUUUUACUAUCCUUUCAAUGCAAAUUCUUUUUUUGCAGCACUUUGAAUAAAUGUUAACAGUUUUGUAUUUUAAAAGAAGUUGUUAUUUAAUAAAUGUAUGUCACUACACAUAUAUAAAAUCCUGUCAAACAUAUAUAUGUGUAUUUGCGUUCAUGUAAAUACAACACCAAAUAAGAAAAGGUUUGGGCAGCAGGUAAAGUGCAAAUAAAAAAUAAGUGCAGUAUUUCUCACAUUUAAUUGCAGACAGUAUAAACCAUGAAUAUUUAAUGUUUUAGAAUGUUUUGUUUCAUGUAUAUUUAACUGUUUUAUUUGCUUAAAAGCCAUGUAUUCCUGUAUUUUAGGCCUGCAACACAUUAGAAAAAAGGUU